AUGGCCAGCACCAGUGCACAAGCGCGGCUGUCAGUCCUCAGCAAGCACCUCUAUGCGGACAUCGAGCAGCUGCAGCUGCAAAACACAAAGGCCGAUGAUGCCGUCCGUCCCGCGCCUGGGGGCGGCCGUGGGACGCUCACCGUGGUUGACAAUAGGACAGGCAAGAAGUACACGGUGGAGAUCACGGAGGGCGGCACCAUUCCCGCUACCGCACUGAAGAAGAUCACCGCCGGCGGCGACGGCGCAGGCCUCCGCACAUACGACCCGGGCUACACCAACACGUCCGCGGUGAUCAGCCGCAUCUCCUACAUCGACGGCGACAAGGGCAUCCUGCGGUACAGGGGGUACCCCAUUGAGCAGCUGGCGGAGCAGAACUACUUUGAGAUGUGUGGAUGA